AGGCGAGUGUGGCACCUCGUUGCCCGUAACCGCCUCGGCGCCCGGCGCCCCAAAACCCCCCGACGCCACGAAAUCGUCGCUAAUACCGCGAAGAAUCGUGGGUGUCACUCGAAAGUCAUCCAGAUGGUCGGGAGCACUGUUCAUUUGUCAUCCCUCAGUUUGAAUUGUUGAAUCGUUAAAAUAUCGUUAAUUUACUUCAAACAUUACCACCGGCGACGGUACGAGGCAGAGUGCCAAAAACGAGUGUCAAAAUAUGCGAAUCCAUUAGUUAAAAUUUACCAAGUUUCGAGGGAGUGUGCAGUUAACGGUGUAUAGAGUUCCGUUUUGUGAAAGAAGGCAAAACGAGAAGAAAAAAAAAACAAAACAACAACAACAUACAACUGUUUCGACCCCGUUUAAAGAUAUACCAACGACAUGCAGAAGUGCUAACUGUGCGUAUAAACUUGCGGCGAACCGCACGUCACCCCUGCAGGAAUAUUAAUUGUUCUUCAACGACGCUCAUUCUUCGUCUCAUCCAAAAUGGCUGCUAUGAUGGAAGGAUACGUCAACCAGCCAGACUAUUACAUUCAUAAUAAUCAAUGCUAUCAACCGAACAAUUACAGCGUUUCACAUCAUCGUCAUCAAGGUGGCAGUGCAGCCGCUGCAAUGGACCGUACGGUCCCCGAUAGUCCCUACUGGAGUUCGAUGGAAGCUACAGGAAUAUCUGGGGGAAGUUCGGGAUCCGGAAGUCCAUCGGGAACAUCGAACACUCCACCGUGCCUGGAGGAACUUGGUAUAGCGGAUGCUGCGACGGCGUUUCACCACCACGAUAAUUCUUACGAAAAUCAGCACCGUGGAACGGGAAUCGAUUCGCAUCAUUACAAUUGCGGCAGUAUUUCGGUCCAGCAAUAUCACGAUGUUGCGGUGGACAACGGGCAACUACAGGGCGAUUAUGUUCCGGGGUCAACGUCCGCUGGACAAAAUCAGUCGUUUGCACAUCUCGGGACAACGGUUAGACCCGUUAAAAGAAGAAAUACCGCUAAUAAGAAGGAGAGAAGACGUACGCAGAGCAUCAACAACGCCUUCGCUGAUCUCAGAGAUUGCAUACCGAACGUACCCGCCGAUACGAAAUUGUCGAAAAUUAAAACACUUAGAUUAGCUUGUUCUUACAUUGGAUAUCUAACAGCGGUCUUGGACAGCGACGAACCUCCGACUACCUUCAGAGCGGAACUUAUGCCCGGUGGAAGACGUUCUAAACAAAAUAGUACGGGGGUGAACGAAAAUCACGAAUCGAUGCCUCCGCGGGAUGCUGCGGGUGGUGACGAAACAAGGCGUUCGAGAGGAAGGACGGGUUGGCCGCAACACGUUUGGGCUUUGGAAUUGAAACAGGAACAACCCCCGGGACUUUAGCAGUCGUGAGGAAAAAUCUUCGGAUCGCAACGGUUCACGAAAUAGGAAAAAACAGAAAUUAUCAGACUUGAAAGGAGCUUUUUUCUCUAUAGACAAUAUUCCAGUGAGAGGGCCAUGUUUGCAAAGAAGAUCAAUGUUUCUUCUGAAAAAAUGUGAAAAAUUCGAUUCGAAAUCGUCGGUGAUUCGGCAACCAAAUAAACUGGACAGCAAUGGAAUUAUAGGAAACAUUUAUCGAUGAUUUCCUCGAAUAAAUAUCUCUGGUUAACGUCAGUCUCGGGGAUAAAUUAAGAAACUUUUGGUAGUCCGAGGAAUCACUGCGGUAAAAAAGGCGCUGGAAAUACGCCUUUUGCUAUCAUCCGACCGACUAGAGCAAACUAUUACCUACUAGUAUCGGUCAUACGAAAGCGUAUGAUAUAAAUGUACGUAUUCUAGUGACUAGUUAGUAUUCUUCGUUACACACCUAUCCGCGUCUGUAAAAGGGAUUCAAUAUUUUCCAGUUUCGUAUAGUUCGCUGUUUCAAAUACUAACUAAAUAUAACGGUUUGCUCACAUGAGAAUUGAUGCGCGGAAAUAUGAGUAGCAUGAACGCCUAAGAAUCAAGACCAAGCUUAAUUUAUUUCAGCAGUUUAGCAUAUAAUCCUAUAUAUAUGUAAUUGUUUUGUAUAAAUCUCUCAAUUCACCUAACAGCCGAUAAGCUCUCGAAUGACAGAAAAGUAUUAAUAAAAUAUUUAAGACAUAGGCUUAGUAAUUCGAUUAAAUAAUUAUGUAUAAUUUGAAUCAAUAAUUUAUUUAUUUUUCAAAUCAUGGUGACCGUAAUUGUUUUCAUAUAAUUAUUAUAUCUUACGUGUAACGGUGUGAUUUGAUUGUGAAAAUUGUGUGAAAUAAAUGUACAUAAUUUGCUAACGCGUA